UCCACGCAUGCGUCAGCAGGUGCAGACAGAGAGAAGUGGGGUCUCGCGGCUUCAUCAUCACUGCAUCAAAAUAACGCCAGUGUAUAAUACUUUUAAAUCAAUAUAACAUUCUCAGAAGAUGGUAGCAAAACAAAGGAUCCGUAUGGCAAACGAAAAGCACAGCAAAAACAUCACGCAGAGAGGCAACGUUGCAAAGACCCUGGUGAGGCUAAGCUUUUCUUCAGGCUGUGUGGGUUCCAUCAUCAGACGAAAGGAGGUGCAACGACCUCAGGAGGAGAAGUACCCCGUGGGGCCGUGGCUCCUGGCUCUGUUCGUCUUCGUCGUCUGUGGAUCAGCCAUUUUUCAGAUCAUCCAGAGCAUCAGGAUGGGAAUGUGAUCCAGAGGCUCCACCAGACUUCCCUUUCCCCCUCACACCCCCUCACCAGACCUGGGGCUGCUCGCCACCCUACGUCCCUAACACCUCCAGGAGGCCUGACUCAGGACAGCUCUUUGUCCAUCAGGGAAGGCCUGGGAGAGGAAUGGACCACUCCCCUUCCCCCCUCGCCGUCCUCGAUCACGUUUACAGAGUUUCAGGCCGAGAAGAUGAAAGCUUUUCUACUGACAGUCUGAACCACAACAACUGGCUGGAUGAACCCUGUACAGUGUGUCUUACACCUGCUCAUGUGUGAGUCUGUGAGUGUAUGUGUGAGUCUGUGAGUGUAUGUGUGAGUCUGUGAGUGUAUGUGUGUGUGUGAGAGAGUGUGUGCAGUCCAAGAUGUGACUUGCUGCUGACAAUGUGCCAUACUGCUGUGUUUAUAUAUUUAUCUGUGUUGCGUGAGAACCUUUUUUUUAAAUAAAUGUGACUCGUUUGGGAAA